AUAUAUAAGGAAUUGCGCGUGGACUCAAUGGUUGUUGCAUUACAUUCUCACUUCCUUCUCCUUGUUUGUUUCCUUCACUGAGGAGUUUGGAUUUCGGAGAAGAACAGAAUCUUGGAGGAACAAUUUCUGAUAGAAUGAGGCCGGCCAUUUUCCUGCAUUUUUUCUUUGGAACAUUGGCCUGUUUGAGUCUCCUCUGUGUUAUAGCAGAGGACCCAUCUAGAUAUUACACAUGGACAGUCACAUAUGGAACAAUUUCUCCUCUUGGGUCUCCUCAACAGGUUAUCCUUAUUAAUGGACAGUUUCCUGGUCCUACGAUUGAUUGUGUGACCAAUGACAACAUUAUUGUUACUGUCAUCAACAAGUUGGAUAAACCUUUCCUCAUUACAUGGAAUGGGAUUAAACAGAGAAAGACCCCAUGGCAAGAUGGAACGCUUGGCACCAAUUGUCCAAUCCCACCAAACUCAAACUGGACAUACAAGUUCCAGACAAAGGAUCAGAUAGGAACCUACUCCUACUUCCCUUCAACUCUAAUGCAUAGAGCUGCUGGAGGUUUUGGGGGUUUCAAUAUUGCGUCCAGGUCUGUGAUACCGAUUCCAUAUCCUAUACCAGUUGAAGAAUUCACUCUACUUGUUAGCGAUUGGUACAACUCUUCCCACAAGGCCUUGCAGACCAAAUUGGACUCGGGUAUUCCUCUUCCACUUCCUAAUGCUCUUCUGAUAAAUGGGCUUCCUAGUGGUUCCACUUUUUUCACCGGUGAAAAAGGGAAAACCUACAAGUUUAGGGUUUCAAAUGUGGGCAUAUCAACUUCAAUCAAUUUUAGGAUUCAGGGCCACACAAUGACACUCGUUGAAGUAGAAGGAGCUCAUACAGUGCAGGACGUUUAUGACUCCCUGGAUGUUCAUGUGGGUCAAUCUGUUGCUGUCCUGGUUACCUUGCAUGCUACGGUCAAGGAUUAUUUCAUCGUGGCCUCGACCCGGUUCACAAAGCCCGUCCUCACUGCUACUUCAUUUCUUAAGUAUGCUGGUUCCAGGACCCCUGCCUCUGAGCCAUUGCCAAUUGGUCCAACUUAUCAGAUUCACUGGUCAAUGAUGCAGGCAAGGACCAUCAGACGGAAUUUGACUGCAAAUGCAGCCAGGCCAAACCCUCAAGGGUCAUUCCAUUAUGGGACCAUACCGAUACAAAGGACACUCAUUUUAGCCAACUCUGCAACUAAGAUCAAUGGAACCCUAAGAUAUGCUAUUAAUGGGAUCUCCUAUGUCAACCCCGCAACCCCAUUGAAGCUUGCUGACUAUUAUAACAUCUCGGGUGUCUUCAAGUUAAACUCCAUCAAGGAUACUCCUCCUUCUGGCCCUGCAGUUUUCGGCACCUCUGUCAUAGGAACUACCCUUCAUGACUUCAUAGAAAUUGUCUUCCAGAACAAUGAGACCACUCUCCAAUCUUGGCAUCUUGAUGGUUAUACUUUCUGGACUGUCGGAUUUGGCUCCGGCCAGUGGACGCCUGACAUGAGGAGGCGCUACAAUCUGGCUGAUGCUAUUAGUAGACACACUGUCCAGGUAUACCCCAAUUCUUGGAGUGCAGUUCUGGCAUCUUUGGACAACAAAGGCAUGUGGAACUUGAGGUCUGCAAUAUGGUCACGGCAGUAUCUAGGACAGCAAUUUUAUAUCAGAGUAUGGAGCAACGAAACGAGCUUGUUUACUGAGUAUGAUGUUCCUGAUAAUGCAUUGUACUGUGGCAAGGCCAAGCGCCCAUAAAAUUACCUUGAUGUGUUAGUUCUUUCAUUGUUAUUACUAUUAGUUUUUUUCUUUCUUUCAUUUUCAGUUACGAGGGUGUGACUGUCGGUAAAAAGGAAAAAGGGGGGUCAAUAAGCUUAGAAAGAGGGACAAUAUUGAAGAAAAUUUUAGUUGUCAUUGUGUUAAGAUUUCUUCCUAUUCAUAAUCAUAAUAAUAUUUUCCUUACUUUGUCUGAUCA